GGUCACACGAACUUUUUAGAAGUCACGUCAGUUUGGAAGAGGAGCUCGACCCACCUGAUGAUCCUUGGCUCAAUCCGCUCCACGUUACUUACCAAGGAACGGCAAAUUAAUCUACCUCUUACGUGAAACACAUCCACGCGCGUUUUAAAUUUUCAAAAGUCGCCUUUGGUAACUUCGCUUGCGCGCGCCGUCUAGUGAUUAUUUUAAAGGGAUAUUGAAGGGGCGGUCAAGUCAUUAUCAAGCCUAAAACGUUGCACUACGUUUGGUCGUUUGUUUUCUUUUUAGUUUUUGAACUUGGGCGUUUUUGCGAGGAUGCAUACCACCCAAAAGGACACCACUUACACCAAGAUAUUUGUCGGCGGUCUUCCGUACCAUACGACGGAUUCCAGUCUUAGGAAAUAUUUUGAAGUGUUUGGGGAAAUCGAAGAAGCUGUGGUGAUUACCGACAGACAGACUGGAAAGUCCAGGGGUUAUGGAUUUGUAACUAUGGCAGACCGAUCUGCCGCAGACAGAGCUUGCAAGGACCCCAACCCCAUUAUCGAUGGCAGGAAGGCCAACGUUAACCUGGCUUAUCUGGGAGCCAAGCCACGGGUGAUGCAGCCAGGUUUUACUUUUGGUGUUCCUCAAAUUCACCCUGCAUUCAUUCAGAGACCAUACGGGAUCCCCACUCACUACGUCUACCCGCAGGCCUUCAUGCAGCCCAGCGUGGUCAUCCCUCACCUCCAGCCAACCGCGGCGGCCUCCACCACCGCUACAUCGCCUUACAUCGAUUACACCGGCGCAGCCUACGCUCAGUAUGCCAGCGCUGCGACUGCAGCUGCCGCCGCAGCAUACGAGCAGUACCCGUACGCUGCCUCUCCCGCCGCAACCGGCUACGUAGCGACCGCCGGGUACGGCUAUGCCAUGCAGCAGCCACUGGCCACCGCCGCACCUGGAUCUGCCGCCGCGGCUGCAGCAUUCGGUCAGUACCAGCCCCAGCAGCUGCAAGCUGAACGGAUGCAAUAGCAACCAAUGAAGCGGGCGGGAGAUGAGCGGGGAGCCGACGCCCAGCAACUGCUACUAGAGGAUGAUAAUGAUGAAGAGGUGGAGGAUGGUGAAGAAAAUAUUUGCUGGUUGUGGGUUGAUUGCAAGAGGAGGAAAAUACGGGAGGGGGAUGGUAAUUGAUAGAGAUUAUUAGUGAGGUGGGAACUCCAUUGCUUUCCAUCUUGCUGUGAUUAAACCAAAAUCGGAAAAAAAUAGCAGAAAAGGACGGAAUCUAGCUUUUUACUAUUUUCAUUAUCCUUAUUAUUAUGUUAUCUUUAUUACCAUAAUUAAUAUUAGAGUAGAAUAUUUAUUGCAAAAAGAGGUAUGCAGCGACUAAUCACUGGUAUAGGCGCAUUGUAGAGGAAAGUCCUGAUGCUGUCAUUAAUGUAGGCGACCGUAUUCUUCGAAGGACACUUGGAAAGGUCCCACGAUGUUUCGAUUCUGGGCCCCUAACCUUCUAUUUAUUCUCAUUUGAGGGCUCUUUUUGUUUUGUCUUCUCAAGUGCAUUUUGUUUUUGAUCAUCAGGGAAAUGGAGCGAUUUUCAGCGAAUUAGAAAAGACAAACUCUGCCAAUCAGGGAUCGUAGACCUAACUGUGGCGAACUGAAGAGAUCCAGUGUUAGCGUGUUUUAUGUGUCGUGAACUACCUUUUUAUCUAUCAGAUGCUGAAUGUCCCCCUUUCUCCUCUCCCGUCUUGACCUAUGCAAAUGCGAGCAGGGGACAAACGUAAGCACAGGAAAAGGAGAAUUUCUCUAUUGCUCCCCCACGAAAGGGCAUCGAACAAUUUGAAGGGACUCUCAAAAGACAAAAGGACGAAGACGUAUUGUAUUAUAUGCUUACGAAUACACAAAGACUAACAUGUACACAGUUACACACAAAUUUAAGUGUUAUGUCUCUGGGCGAGGGAGAAAGCACACAUAUUAAUAUGAUGAUGUAGGUAAGAAAAAAAAUGAAGGCAUUGCUCGGUGUUCAAAACUAGUGUUUGGGGAAAAACAACGCUCUGGAAACAUCACUGGUGCUCAUUUGUAGACCUGUCACUGUUUAAUCCCUGGGUCCAUUUUGGAACUGCUUUAGCUCUGUCGACAGCUCCCUCUCUUUCUGUUCAAGAGGGUCUGGAGACUUAAGCAAAAGACCACCUGUAGAUCCUCCCGAUAUCACCCAUGUCUUCUCCAUCACCAGCCGGAUAUCUUUCUGAGAGAGACACGUGGCUGGAUAAAGACAAGGAGAUGUGAAAAGGGAGGGGCUUAACACAAGCUUUUCACCCGCUAUCAGACGACACCAAUGAGAAACGAACUGGUCUUCACCAAGAAACAUAACCGAGCACCAGCAUGUCUUUUCUUAAUAAGGUCUAUGUAUUUCAACUCGUUACAAAACAGCACUAUAGCUAAAAGGAUCCGAAUCUGUGCGUGCGAGGGUUCUUUGUGUGCCUUACAUUUGUAAUGCUAUUUAAAGAGACAUCUGCUAUUUAAGAUAUUUAUUUUGAGUUGACUUAUGUUGCGCUCCAAGAUCACAGACUUGGAUGCGGUACUGUACGGAUAUAAUGUAUUCAUCUCAUGGCAUAUUAUUAUAAGUUAUUGAGUAGGUUUAGUUGUAGUAUUAACAAACUCAACCAAAAAUGUUGGUCUAGGACUUAUUUAAGAUACAAUUCUGUAUGUGCACUGUACAAUUCUAUUUUUUUCUUUCUAUACAUUUGGAAUUUUAGAACGUGACAUUAAAUAUUGGCUAGUUUAAUGCCUAUCGUAGGACAUUUAUUUUAUUGCAGGCCUGUUAUUCCAGGCAUGUUAUCUACAUUUGUCAUAUUUAGAACAACAACAAAAAUACUGGCGAAAUCUAAGGGACAUGCUGCUUCAUACAAUAGAAUGUAUUGUCAAUGUCAAGGAUGGAUGCUGUGCUUCUAUUGCUUUAAAUAUGCAUCAGAUGGGCAAUUUUACACUGUUAAGAAUUUUUAUACUUGAACUCUUUCUUACAAGGGAAAAUAUGAAAAAAAGUGUAACAACACAACAAGCAAACAAAAGACAUUGUCACUGGAUUUGGGCAUGUAAAGUGUUAUUAUUUAAAUACAAACGUUAUGUAGGUAUUGAAGCCUUAUUUCAGAUUUUCAACACUAUUUACUCUAAAUGGAAAUAAAAAGGUUCUAUAUUUAAA